AUUCUCACCGAUUGCUUAACUCCAACAAGCUAUCUCUAUCACACAAAAGUUAUUUUCUUCUAUACAUACUUCCCCUAUAUAUAAGUUGGUUAAUAAGUUCAAAAUUAUGCAACUGUAUACCUACCUUCUUCUUCUUCCUCCUCCCAUUACAUCAGCAUAUAUUCAAGAGCCUUGAAAAAUGAUGAUCGGAAUGAGCGAUAUAUACAAGGUUAUAGUCGCCAUGACACCCUUAUAUGUCGCAUUAGUUCUAGGCUAUGGUUCGGUGAAAUGGUGGAAGAUAUUUACUCGAGAACAAUGUGACGCGAUUAAUAAAUUCGUUUGUUACUUUACUCUACCACUCUUCACUUUCGAGUUCAGUUCUCAUGUCGAUCCAUUCGAAUGGAAUUACAAAUUCAUAGCAGCUGAUGGGAUAUCGAAAGUCAUUAUUGUCAUUGUUUUAGUUGCAUGGGCUAAGGGGAGUAGUAAUGGAUGUUAUACUUGGUUAAUAACAAGCUUUUCAUUAUCAACUUUAACUAAUUCUUUGGUUGUAGGAGUACCUAUGUUAAGAGCCAUGUAUGGUGACCGUGGAGUUAAUCUUGUUGUUCAAAGUUCUGUCUUUCAAGGGAUUGUUUGGUUAUCGAUCCUUUUGUUCGUUUUAGAGCUCCGUAAGGCGAAUGAUUCUUCAUGUGUAGACGUCGAGUCUCAUAUGGUUGAAGAUUUAGAAGGAAAUGACAAAAUGGUUUCAGUCACUACAAUAUCUAGACCUUCAUUUUGGUCCAUGAUGAAGAUUGUUUGGGUUAAGCUUAUUGUUAAUCCUAAUGUUUAUGCUAGUGUCACUGGCAUCAUUUGGGCUUUUAUCUCAAAUAGAUGGCAUGUCGAGAUGCCGGAAAUCAUCGAUGGAUCGGUAUUGAUUAUGUCGAAAGCAGGAAUCGGCUCAGCUAUGUUCAGUAUGGGUCUUUUUACUGCACAGCAAGAAAAACUUCUGGCAUGUGGAACGAGCUUAACGUUAUUCGGUGUGGUUUUAAAGUUUAUUGCAGGACCAGCUGCUAUGGCGAUAGGAUGCAUAGCGGUUGGCCUGCAUGGUGAUGUUUUGCGUGUAGCAAUUAUACAAGCAGCAUUACCACAAUCCAUCACAUCGUUCAUCUAUGCGAAAGAGUAUGGAUUGCAUGCUGACGUGCUUAGCACUGCGGUGAUAUUUGGAAUGAUCGUUUCCCUGCCAGUCUUAAUCGUCUACUUUAUAGCUCUCGGUUUUCUGCACUGACAAAUUUUCUUUUCUCUUGUUACUGGAGGUUUUAACAUUUCCAAUAUUGGUGUUGAGAUGUAAUUUAUAUGUCAUAUUAAUAAUCAUACAUCAAAUGUAACGUGGGCAGUAAAACACCCAGUGUUUGUGAUUAUUCACAUUAAUUUAAAGUUUAAAUUAGCAUUUA